AUGAUACUAUUACGUACAUACUAUUGGGUGGCAAAAUCUCCUCCUCCUAAACCUUCACCAUACCCUGCUCCACCACUACCACCUCCUAAACCUUCAUCACCAGCACCAGCACCACCUCCAAAACCACCACCACCUCCAGCUCCACCGCCACCUCCAACUCCACCUCCUACACCGAAACCUCCUCCUGCUCCAAACCCUCCUCCGAUACCUCCACCGCCACCAACACCACCACCGCCACCAGCACCACCACCUCCGCCAAGACCACCUCCUCCACCAGCUCCACCACCAAAUCCCCCACCUGCACCAGCUCCAGCACCACCUCCCAGACCUCCACCAGCUCCCCCACCUGCACCACCACCUGCACCACCUCCUAAUCCACCACCAUGGCCAAGCCCACCUCCUGCACCACCACCUAUUCCCCCACCAUGUCCUAACCCACCACCUGCACCACCUCCUAGACCCCCACCACCACCAGCACCACCUCCUAAUCCCCCACCAUGGCCAAGCCCACCACCUGCACCACCACCUAUUCCCCCACCAUGUCCUAAUCCACCACCUGCACCACCUCCUAGACCCCCACCACCACCAGCACCUCCACCUAGACCACCACCUGCACCACCUCCUAGACCUCCACCACCACCAGCACCUCCACCUAGACCACCUCCAGCACCGCCACCGAGACCGCCACCAAUAGACUAG